UUAGUGAACAAAUGUGUCCAUAUAGUAAGUUACGUUGGUAAUCGUGGUCUGAUUGAUAAAACGUGGCCAGAACGAUUGCAAGACCAAGAUCUCUGGUAUCAUCUUGCUUAUCUGUUCAUUUGUGCACUUGGAUUCUGCAUCCAUCCGCUGCUUUACGCUCUUCUUCUCUUUGAUAUUGUGGCAAGUGAAGAAACGCUUCGAAGUGUGAUUCGUUCGGUAACGCGCAAUUGGCAGUCUAUUAUAAUGACUGGAUUACUAGCUCUCAUACUCGUUUAUGUUUUCUCAAUCGUUGGUUAUCUGUACUUCCAAAGAGAUUUCCAGUUAGAGGUUGAUGAGCUUGACGAUACGCAAGAUAAUGAUGGGGUUGCUGCGAAUGCGUCACCCUUAACUUGUGACCAUGUGGGAUCUGUCAGUGCCGAACAGUGUAGCAAAGAAGCUGUUAAUUUCGAACUCGAACAUUCUCGGAAUAGUGAUGAUGGCGAAGCAAAAGUUUGGUCGUGCCAAACGCUUCGUAUGUGUAUAAUUACAACCUUAAACUGGGGUCUCCGAAAUGGUGGAGGCAUUGGUGAUGUGCUCAGGAAUGUUGCGCCACAUGUAUUCCUUUGCCAACAUUUUUUUUUCAACCACUCAUUUUUAUCAAUUGUUACAAAAUCAAUGUUAAUAGAAAAAAAAGUUGUCUUUCAGUUUAACUACCUAAGUCUAUGUAUAAAUAUAAAGUUCAUGAAUGUGUUGCAUUUAGAGUUUUAA